CUAUUUGUUUUAAACUAAACACGAGUUUCCCGCCGGAGCUUUACCUGCGGGUGAGACUGCUGAAGAUGAGCGCUGUUCCCGCCCUUUGACAGAUCAACGGAAAACCAACAAACUGAGCUGAAGUCAGACUUUCAGCCUUCAUCCUCCUCCUCUUCGUCCUGAUGGAUGAGACGGUGAAACCUCUGAGGAUUCCUCCCCAGAUGUCAGUGUACGCCGACAAACACAACAUCUUCCACCUGGUGCAGAGCUUGGUGUCCAGUCUGGUGAUCGAUCAGCCUGAUGAUCCACUCUCCUACCUAAUCAAUCUGCUGCAGAGGAGCAGUGUGGACAUUCCCAGGAUCAUCCUGCUCGGUCCUCCAGCUGUGGGGAAACACACUGUGGCCACGAAGCUGAGCGCUGAGCUGAGAGCUGUUCAUGUGACCGCAGACAGUUUACUGCAGGACCAAUCAGAGCUGAGUGUACAGGCACGCCAGUACACACUCACACAGCAGGAGCUUCCUGCCGAGCUGCUGCUCAAACUGACUCAACAGAGACUGACUGAGGUCGACUGCUUCAAUAGGGGCUGGGUGUUGGAGGGAAUCCCUCAGACUCGUCUGCAGGCUCUGAGUCUGCAGCAGGUCGGAGUCGUCCCCGAACACGUUGUGAUGUUGGAGGCUCCUGAUGACGUGCUGUUGGAGCGGAGUCAGGGGAAACUGGUCGACCCGCUGACAGAACACGUGUACCAUCAGACCUUCAUCUGGCCGGACGACGACAUCAUUGCUGAGCGUCUGGAGAAGGGGCGUGGCCCGUCAGAGGAGCAGCGAUUGGCCGAGCUGCAGCGUUACCGUUGUGAGGUCACAGGUCUGACAUCAGCCUAUCAACACGUCCUGAAGGUCGUCAACAGCGACCAACCGCACGCUGACGUUUACCAACAAGUGCUGGCCUUCGUCCGGACUCGCCGUCGCUCCAGGACUCCCAGAAUCCUCCUGCUGGGUCCACCAGGGUCGGGGAAGAGUCACCAGGCCAGACUGCUGUCAGAGAAAUACAAGAUGGUGGACGUGUGCUGUGGUCGGCUGCUCAGGUCUGUAGCUGCUGAUGGUUCAAGUCUGGGAGAGGAGAUCCAGCCGUACCUGGAUGAUGGACGACCAGUUCCAGACAGCCUGGUGCUGCAGGUUCUGGAGCAGCGUCUGAGCCGAGUGGACUGCAGCUGCAGAGGCUGGAUCCUGCACGGGUUCCCCCAAGACCUGCAGCAGGCCCGGAGCCUGCAGGAGUCCCAGCACCAGCCCAACAGAGUUUUCUUCCUGGAGCUGACGGACGACGUUUGUCUGGAGAGAAUCACCCUGAGAGCAACUGACCCGGUCAGCGGAGAGAGGUUUCAUGCUGUGACUCGACCGGCUCCGAGCUCCCAGGUCCAGAACAGACUGAAGACCAGACCAGCAGACAGCACACACUCUGUGACCCACAGUCUGAACCAGUACAGGACACACACUGCUGUUCUACAGUCUGUGUAUCCAGAUGCGGUCCACAUUGAUGCUGAUCAGGAUCCUCGCUCUGUGUUUGAGGCUCUGGAGAGUAGACUGACUACUGCCUGAUAGGACUCACCUGGACUCAGACAGGAACAGCUUCAGAUUCAGCUCCAAACUAGGUUUUUCUCAUUGUUCUUGUUUUGUUCGAAAAAAUAAAAUUUUUCUCUUUUGGUGAA